AUGAGGCGGCAAGGAGAGGUCGACCAACAAGCACGUUUACCACUAAAACCAUUGGGGUGGUCAAAAAAACUACUACGAUUGAAUAGACGACUUAAAAUUCGGGAAACGACCACACGAUUUUAUCUUCCAAAAACUACUGUGUGUACAAUUGCACAUGAUGAAUUAAAUUUUCGCAAGGUCUGUAAACGUUGGGUUCCUAAAAUGAUUAACGCAGAUCACAAAAACAAACACAUGUGGAUAUCCCUAGAGCAUUUGAAUCGUGCUCAUAAUGACAAAAGCUUCCUCGAGCACCUCAUUAUUGCAGGAUAUGAAGCAUGGGUUCCUACUCCUUGCAACAAACGAGACUCUACGGCCGCCCAGAAGCAUACCAAAUCAUCGGUUCCAAAAAAAUGCAAACAAUUUCUUCAAAAAAAGUAA